UGAACAGUGCAUUUCAGAUGUGAAUCCUUUAAUUAGGUCAGCUAUCAAUCAAAGUGCAUAAGUAUUUCCUUGAAGUAUGCGACAACGUGUUGUCAGAAUGCCUUCCUUUUUGGUACUUGUUUUUUUAAGUCUGGCUGGUUUCUUAGUGGCACAAGCAGAAAUUACUGUGGAUUGCGGAAAAAACUCUGUCUCUGUGCGAUGGGUUGACGCAAACUCUCAAGUGGAUCCGUCCUUACUUCGUCUGGGUGACUGUCCUCCAACUCAGGUUUCAGUAAAACCUCAAGGGUCCGAGGCAGUGUUCUAUGCUGAAUUUUGGGCCUGUAAUAUUAGGAGGCUGGUGACAACCGAUGCGAUAAUAUUUGAGACCGAGGUCACUUCUCCCACACUGUCAAGAGCAGCACCAAUUUCUUAUCCUGUGGCCUGUGCAUAUGAAAGGCCGGAAGACUGGGCGCCUCCUUUGUAUGAUCCUCUGAUGUUUUAUACACAUGGCCAGGGAGAACUGGCCUUUCGUAUAGCUCUUAUGAAUGAUGACUUUAGUGGUGUGGCCACUACCACAACAUUCUCACUAGGCUCAAUGAUCCCAAUUGCUGCCUCGGUCACCCAGCAGAGCCAUCAGCCAUUAAUACUACUGCUGGAUGAAUGUCUGGCCUCCACUACACCAGAAUUGGGUCCAGAUUCUCGUGUUUACCCACUCAUUACCAAUAAGGGGUGUCUUGUAGACAGCAAAAAUACAAACUCCAUAUUUCUGCCAAGAACGCAAUUGUCAGAGAUCAGGCUAAGUCUUCAAGCUUUCAAGUUUGUCAUUGGAGAAGAUGUCUACCUACACUGCAGGCUUGUGGCAUGGGACCCAAGAGACCUGGAUGGUGGCAAGAAAGCUUGUCAAUAUGACAGGACCAGCUCACGAUGGGUGUUGGUUGAUGAUCCAUCCCAGAGUUCUCUCUGCAACUGCUGUGACACUAACUGUCAAGGAAGAAAGAAAAGAGGAAUAACAGCAGAUUCCUCAACGUUAAAUUCUGUUAUUGGGCCUCUGGUUAUUAUUGAAAACUGAGGACUGGGUCAUACCUUAAUGGAUUUGACAAGAGAUGGGUGCCUCCAAGCCACCGGAGCUGUUUUGGACGUCCUUAGGGUGGAGCUCUACCUGUUCCUGUUCAACCUUUCUGUUUCUUGAGAUAAAUAAACCAUUAUAAAAGUG